AUGGUCAACUCCUGUUGUGGCUCCGUCUGCUCUGACCAGGGCUGUGGCCAGGAGACCUGCUGCCGCCCCAGCUGCUGCCAGCCUUGCUGCCGCCCCACCUGCUGCCAGACCACCUGUUGUAGGACCACCUGCUGCCGCCCCAACUGCUGUGUGUCCAGCUGCUGCCGCCCCUCCUGCUGUGGCUCCAGCUGCUGCCAGCCUUGCUGCCGCCCCACCUGCUGCCAGACCACCUGCUGUAGGACCACCUGCUGCCGCCCCAACUGCUGCAGGCCCAGCUGCUGUAUCUCUAGCUGCUGCCGCCCCUCUUGCUGUGGUUCCAGCUGCUGCCGCCCCUCUUGCUGUGGUUCCAGCUGCUGCCGCCCCUCUUGCUGUGGCUCCAGCUGCUGCCAGCCUUGCUGCCGCCCCAGCUGCUGCCAGACCACCUGCUGCAGGACCACCUGCUGCCGCCCCACAUGCUGUGUGUCCAGCUGCUGCCGCCCCAGCUGUUGCUAG